UCCGUACUGGACAUCGAGUUGAGUUGAAUGUUGACUAGACUACUCUCACCACCUCAACCUACAGAACCUCAAGCUGAGAUUGUUGUCAUCAGAGAGAAGAACUGCAGCUCAUAUUGGACAACUAUAUGACAUUAGGAAAAUAAAUAAACUUCUCAGUGACGCUUUGAGCAUUGCCAGGGAUGGACAAACAAAAAGGGUUGCUGGCAAAGUUGGGAGACAUGAAGUGAAGCAUCAUUGUAAAUCAUUUAUUCCUAAAAGAAGACAAGCACAUAGAAGAGGUGAAGAGAGUGAGCGAUGCUGAACCGGCUGAUUACAGCCUUGCAUUCAUUCCUGGUGGUGCUGGACAGUGAGAACCUCAGCUAUAUCGCUCAAGCCCAGAAGAUGUCCAUCUCAGAACUGCUGUCAAAGCUGAAAGACACCCCUGUUGAGGAUGCUGAGUAUAUGUUCAUGAGCUGUCCAUCAGGGACCCCAAGCAUCGAUCUCAGGGAAACCCAGCUGUCAGGCACAGAUGGCCUUUUCCAGUCAGGACCAGACCCGGACUCAGCCAAGGAACCCUCGUCCUCUGCAUCCCCCGAAUGGCUACGGAAAGGGAGCCAGGGGCCGGCUGUACCCCUUCAUCCGCCAGAAGGUUUAGAUGAGGACUGCUACGAGGAGGCUGAGCCCUUUGUUUCAGUCAAUCACCCCACAGACAAAGGUGACUCAGACAGCAGUCACUACGAGUCAUACGGGGAGGAAGAUGAGGAGUUUGUGAAAGACCGGGCCCCCUACAUCCAAAGGAGUGCCUCCCAGCCCUGUCUGCGGCCCACUCCCGAGUCACGCAUCUGUGGCUACCUGUGGAGGAAGAAAUGGCUGGGCCAAUGGACCAAACAGCUCUUUCUCGUCCACAACAAUAUGCUCUUGUGCUACAAAUGUGCCAAGGACCUCUACCCUCUGCUGGAGUUGAACCUGCAGGGCUGCCAAGUGGUGUACAAGUACAAGCAUAACAAGAAGAUGCAGCACGAGCUUAAGGUGGUGGCUGGCUCUGACAUGGUGGUGAUUGGUUUCCAGAGCUGCCAGCAGGCGGAGGAAUGGAGGAAGAUCAUUGAGGAGGUGAGUGGAACCUCCUACUAUGAGCCAGAGUCCCAGAGUUCCUCAUCGUUACUCAAGUGUGACAGACUAGACUCUUGCAGGUCAAACACAGUCAUACACACUUCCGACUCUGAUGAAGAGAAACUGUCCAAGCUGCCCUCUGCUCUCAGCAGUGGGGAAAUGAAGGAUAAAGGGUUUCUAAAUGUGCUGAUGAACUGCCAGUGGCAGAGCCUGUGGUGUCAGGUUGAGGGCGGAGUCCUGAAGAUGUACCGAGACAGGGGCUGUGAAAAGAGCCCUCAGUAUAUGGUGCCAUUGAGAGGCUGCCAGGUUCGACCAGACCCCGACAUGCCUCAGGCCUACCGCAUCACUGUGGUCCAACACGGAGACCAGGUGGCAGUACUGGAGGCCGGCUGUGCAGAUGAGAAAGAACAGUGGGUGCAGCUCCUGCAGGAUGGGAGUGUAAGUCACGGUCAGGCUGACUCUCUGUACCACCAUGACAUCAUCUCAAAGCCUGCUGGAACACUGAGUGGUUUAAAGGAACUAAGGUUCCCAACCUCAAACAUGUACAUCGACGACCCCUUUCACCAGCUCUGUGGAAGUGGCAAAUCGCAACCCAUCUACUCCAACACAGCCAUACUGGAGCACAUGUUCCAGAAUUCCCAAAAUGUUGCCAGGGGAGAGUUGGUGUCAUCCAAGGAUUCAGUCGACUACAGCAACACUGAAAUCUUUAACAACCACAGUAGAAAAUUGUGUGAGGUGGAGCUGGGGGUUCAGGAACUGGACUUGACCGGGAAGAGGUGGUUGCAUCUAAGAGCUGGAUCAAAGAUUAACCUCAUCACUGCACAGAAGACAACCAAACGCACCUCUUUCAGGCAGUCUCUGGCCUUCUGUACAGAAUGGGCACAGGGUGGGUUAUUCAAUCCGCUACUGCGACGAACAACCUCCGCUAAAAACUCACUGAAAAGAGCCCCUUCCACCCUAUUUAUUGAGCAUGGCAAGGUGUUUCAGAGAAAUAAGGAGUGGGAGACAAAGGCCUUUAAUUGAUACUGGUCAUUCUGGUGACAAUUACCUUGUACAGUACACAUUCCCUGACUUAUAUGAAGAGUUUAAUUUGCAAAUGUUGUACUGUAUAUCCAUUUUCAGAAAUGUUGGUAAAUUAGCUUUUAUUGUUAUGAAAUUAUGAAAGCGACUGGUUUGUUUUUUCACUAUCUAAUCAUGGCAUUGGGUGACAGAAAUGGAUUUGUUUCAAAUCUAUCACUUCAUGGUUUCAUUUCAGAGAGACAAAUAAUCAUAUUAUUUUGCUAAAUGUUAUAUAUCCACCUUACUCUCAGAGAAAUAAGUAGCAUUGCUAGGUGACAGUAGUAUUGCUUUGUGACGGGAUCCCAAUCCAAGAUGGCAGCAUGUCAAGUCAUUUGUCUGUGACUAAUAGUUUUUAACCUACUAAUAACCUAUUCAUUUAUGGUGGAGCAAAUCUACACUUUCCUUGUUGUGUAGUGCAAAUUAUUAGUUUUGCUGGUGUAAAGAUCACAGGUCUCCCUCAACUCGGAUAAUUUUUUAUUGCUAUUGGCACUUCCCUACUCAAAGUUUACCAAAGUAAACCUCUCUCUGCCUGGCCUGGGUUCUAUCCUCUGCUUUCCCACAGCGAAGUGUCUCGUCCAAGCUGCUUCUAUUUGCUCUCCACCUGGCUGUCAGUGGCAGCUCAACAAUCCCCAACCCGUUCUCUCAAUCGACCCCCACACCCAAUUGGCUGUUAUAGACCCCCCUCUGCUCUCUGUGAUGCAUUUUCCUCUCUGAUGAACCUUAUGUCUAAACUUAUUUACAGUUAAAUGAUCUUGAUUGGUGAUCUCAACUGGUGUUGGUUAAAGCCGGUGUCUGAUGUUUUUAAAAUGUAUUGUAAUUCUAUGAAUCUUACCCAGUUGAUUAACUCACCCACCCGUCGAAAUCUCAAAUGUCCACAGAAAUCUACCCUGAUUGAUUUGAUAUUGACAAAUGUUCCACAUAAAUAUUCUGUGGUUGGUGUUUUCUGUAAUGAUUUAAGUUACCAUUGUCCUGUUGUUGCUGUUAGAAAUACUAAGGUUCAUAAGACAAACCCAUGCUUUAUUUGUAAGAUCAAUUUUAAGAGUUUUAAUGAGCAGGAUUUCUUUCAUGAUUUGUUUGAUUUUGACUGGAGCUUAUUCCUGAUGUGAAAACUGCCUGAAUAUUCUUUCAUUGUGUUUUUUUCCAAAUAGUAAACAAGUGUGCCCCAUUC